AUGAUUCUGGCUGUCAGCUCUGAUUCCCAUCUCCAUAUUCCAAUGUACUUCUUCCUCUCCAAUCUGUCAUUGGCUAAUGUCAGUUCAAUCUCAACUACUGUCCCCAAGAUGAUUGUGGAUAUUCUAACUCAGAAUGGAGUAAUCUCCUAUGUGGGCUGCCUGACACAGAUGUCUUUUUAUCUGAUUUUUGUAUGUAUGGAAGAUAUGCUUCCGAACGUGAUGGCCUACGACCAGUAUAUGGCCAUAUGUCACCAUCUACAUUAUUCAGUCAUUAUGAACCCUCACCUUUGUGUUUUCUUAGUUUUGACAUCACUUUCAGUCAGUAUUUUGGAAGCCCUGAUGCACAAUUUGAUUGCAAUACAAAUUACCAAACUUAAAGAUGUAGAAAUUUCCAAUUUCUAUUGUGAUCCUACUCAAAUCCUUAGUCUUUCUUGUUCAAACACCUUUUCCAAUAACAUGUUCAUGUAUUUUGUUGGCAUCAUAUAUGGUUUAUUACCCCUCUCAGGAGUCCUUUUCUCAUACUACAAAAUUAUUUCCUCCAUUUUAAGAAUCCCAUCAUUAGGUGGGAUGUAUAAAGCCUUUUCCAUCUGUGGGUCUCACUUGUCAGUUGUUGGUCUGUUUUAUGGAACUUACCUUGGAGUAUAUGUUGGUUCAGUUGGACCACAUUCUCACAGAAAUAAUUCAGUGGCCUCAGUGAUGUACACAGUGGUCAUUCCUAUGCUGAAUCCUUUCAUCUACAGCCUGAGGAACAAGGAUAUUAAAAGUGUCAUUAGUCAGCUCUACAGCAGGAACAACAUGAAUGUAGUAUACAUUAUUCAACUUGGUCCUUCUGUGGUCAGAAUGGUUCUCUUACUUUUGCACUGUCCAGACUAUGACUUCAUAACCCCUACCUCUGUCAUGUCAGAAGAGGGCAUUACAAAGCAGUUGAGACAGUAUGAAGAACUGGAAUUGCUUUCUGAUAGCUCAAAUAAGAGAGCUUCAGUCCAUGGUCAGGAAGCCUUGACAGGAAAAUCUAUCAAGUAUUCAUUAGAAGGUUACCUUUCAAACCAGUGUUGUGGGACUUUACCUGGUACUCCGUUUUUCAUCUACAAAAAGAAAGUUUAUGACCACAAAAAUGGAAUCAUUAAUACCAGUGGACAAGCACUGGUGUUUACUUUGGAUCACUGUUUCACAAUGUCUCCAGAAGACUUUCUGGCCUCAGUUAUUUAUACUGUUUUCACACCUGUAUGGAAUCAGUUCCUCUACAGUCUGAAGAAUAAGGAAUUUAAAGGCUCCCUGUAG